GGACUGGGUUGCUCUCCUUCCUUCGCCGGUCCCGCCCCCGUCUGUCUGUGUCGACGGCGGACGCUAUCGAUAAAGUUGUUGUUUUGACAACAUGGCGGCGCCCAUGAUCCGUGGCCCGGCAGUGCUCGCCUGAAGGUGGAAAACGAGGAGUAGAGGAGCCGCAGGCCAGAGCCUGUGAGCAGAUCCAGACCUACAGAUAAAAAACAUUAUUUAAUCUAUCUGGGAUUUACUCCAGCUUAUGAGUUGAGGGCCUUCUCACCUUCUGAAGAAUGGCUUCUGUUUGGCAGAGAUUGGGUUUUUAUGCCUCUCUUCUGAAAAGACAGCUAAAUGGUGGGCCAGAUGUCAUCAAGUGGGAAAGGAGAGUAAUUCCCGGAUGUACCAGAAGCAUCUACAGUGCCACGGGAAAGUGGACAAAAGAGUAUACAUUGCAGACAAGAAAGGAUGUUGAGAAAUGGUGGCAUCAACGAAUAAAAGAGCAGGCCUCCAAAAUUUCAGAAGCUGAUAAAUCAAAGCCAAAAUUUUAUGUGCUUUCCAUGUUCCCUUAUCCUUCUGGUAAGCUGCACAUGGGCCAUGUGCGUGUCUACACCAUCAGCGACACCAUAGCACGGUUCCAGAAGAUGAGAGGGAUGCAGGUCAUCAACCCCAUGGGAUGGGAUGCUUUUGGAUUGCCUGCUGAAAAUGCCGCAGUCGAGAGGAAUCUACAUCCAGAAAGUUGGACACAAAGUAAUAUUAAACACAUGAGGAAACAGCUUGAUCGGCUGGGCCUGUGUUUCAGCUGGGAUAGGGAAAUAACUACGUGUUUGCCAGAUUACUACAAGUGGACUCAGUAUCUCUUUAUUAAACUGUAUGAGGCUGGGCUGGCCUAUCAAAAGGAGGCCCUGGUUAACUGGGACCCAGUGGAUCAAACAGUGCUUGCCAAUGAGCAGGUGGAUGAACAUGGCUGUUCAUGGCGUUCUGGAGCAAAGGUGGAACAGAAGUACCUCAGACAAUGGUUUAUUAAGACAACCGCUUAUGCAAAGGCCAUGCAGGACGCGUUGGCAGACCUUCCAGAAUGGUAUGGAAUAAAAGGCAUGCAAGCCCACUGGAUCGGGGACUGUGUGGGCUGCCACCUGGACUUCACAUUAAAGGUUCAUGGGCAAGCCACGGGAGAAAAGCUGACUGCCUAUACGGCCACCCCUGAAGCCAUUUAUGGCACCUCCCACGUGGCCAUCUCGCCCAGCCACAGACUCCUACACGGGCACAGCUCUCUGAAGGAAGCCUUGAGGAUGGCCCUUGUCCCUGGCAAAGAUUGCCUCACGCCCGUGAUGGCUGUGAACAUGCUCACCCAGCAGGAGGUCCCUGUCGUUAUUUUGGCCAAAGCUGACUUGGAAGGCUCUCUGGAUUCAAAAAUAGGAAUUCCCAGUACUAGCUCAGAGGACACCAUCUUAGCCCAAACCCUGGGCCUGGCCUACUCUGAAGUCAUUGAAACUUUGCCAGAUGGCACAGAGAGACUAAGCAGCUCUGCUGAGUUCACAGGUAUGACCCGGCAGGAUGCUUUUCUAGCCCUGACUCAGAAAGCCCGGGGGAAGAGAGUGGGUGGAGACGUGACAAGUGAUAAACUGAAAGACUGGUUGAUUUCGCGGCAGCGGUACUGGGGCACACCAAUCCCCAUUGUCCACUGCCCAGUCUGCGGCCCCACACCUGUACCCCUGGAGGACUUGCCCGUGACCCUGCCCAACAUUGCGUCUUUCACUGGCAAGGGAGGCUCUCCACUGGCCAUGGCUUCAGAGUGGGUGAACUGCUCCUGCCCGAGGUGCAAGGGAGCAGCCAAGAGAGAGACAGACACGAUGGACACCUUUGUUGAUUCUGCUUGGUACUACUUCAGAUACACUGACCCUCACAAUCCACACAGCCCUUUUAACACAGCAGUGGCCGAUUACUGGAUGCCUGUGGAUUUGUACAUUGGAGGAAAAGAACAUGCCGUCAUGCACUUGUUCUAUGCAAGAUUCUUUAGUCAUUUUUGCCAUGAUCAAAAAAUGGUUAAACAUAGGGAGCCUUUUCAUAAGCUGCUGGCCCAAGGCCUUAUCAAGGGGCAGACAUUCCGCCUACCAUCUGGACAGUAUCUACAGAGAGAGGAAGUGGAUCUCACAGGUUCCGUUCCUGUUCAUGCGAAAACGAAAGAGAAGUUAGAGGUGACGUGGGAAAAGAUGAGUAAGUCCAAACACAAUGGGGUGGACCCAGAGGAAGUUGUGGAGCAGUAUGGGAUCGACACGAUUCGGCUCUACAUCCUUUUUGCCGCCCCUCCUGAGAAGGAUAUCUUGUGGGAUGUGAAAACUGAUGCUCUCCCUGGGGUGCUGAGAUGGCAACAACGACUGUGGACCUUGACAACUCGGUUUAUUGAGGCCAGGGCUUCUGGGAAGUCUCCCCAGCCUCAGCUGCUGAGUAACAAGGAGAAAGCUGAGGCCAGGAAGCUCUGGGAGUACAAGAACUCCGUCAUCUCUCAGGUGACCACCCAUUUCACAGAGGACUUCUCACUGAAUUCUGCAAUUUCUCAGCUGAUGGGACUCAGUGGUGCCCUCUCGCAAGCCUCUCAGAGUGUCAUUCUCCACAGCCCCGAAUUUGAGGAUGCUCUGUGUGCCCUGAUGGUGAUGGCUGCUCCAAUGGCCCCUCACGUAACCUCAGAGAUCUGGGCAGGCCUGGCGCUGGUGCCGAGGAAGCUCUGUGCCCACUACACCUGGGACGUCAGUGUGCUGCUCCAGGCAUGGCCUGCCGUGGACCCGGAGUUCCUGCAGGAGCCUGAGGUCGUCCAGAUGGCAGUUCUGAUCAACAAUAAAGCUUGUGGCAAAAUUCCUGUGCCCCAACAAGUUGCCCGGGACCAGGACAAAGUCCACGAAUUUGUUCUUCAAAGCGAGCUGGGUGUCAGGCUUUUGCAAGGGCGAAGCAUCAAGAAGUCCUUCCUUUCCCCGAGAACUGCCCUCAUCAACUUCCUGGUGCAAGAUUGACAGCCAGGAGGCUGCAGCUACCACAAGGGCCUCUGAGGAACCUCCUUCCAGGCCUGGGAUGAGGGGGCGAUGUCUGCUGGCCCAGGGGAAGGGAAAAGACAAAUGUCUUGACUGUUGACGUCGGUCCUGUGACAGACUGCAGUCAACAGUGUGCCUCUGUAGUGUGGCCUGGUGCUGGGGCGAAGGUGAGCUGGGCAAAGGAGAAAUAUGAGCUACUGAGGAGGGGGUCAGACAGCCUGCCCCUCACCCCCCACCCACACUACAGGUGGAGGAGGCCAUCUGAUCCUAUGGGAAGCCAUCAGAGACACUGCUGGUGGGACAGGAAGAAGCACAGUGCCCCUCGAGCAGCCAGGAAGCCUGCGGAUCUGGGAAAUGGCUCUGCCUUAGGUGCUCCUGGGGAAUUUGAGGCCAGCCUGAGGAACUGCAGGACUCAGCUGCAGUGUGCCAGCCACUUGGAACUGCUAACUGAGCCUCCAGAUGGUGGUGAAUGGUCUCUUUGCCUUCAGGCUGGAUGAGGAAGUCAUUUAGGAAAUGUUCAAAUAACCAAUAUGUGGAAAUGGACACAGGGAAUUUCUGAAGUUGCUUUGAAUCAAAAGGCAGGCAGUGCUGGUUCCUCUGCCUGUGUCCCCACCACUCCCCAGCUCUGUCAUGCAGGCCUGUCCUUCCCAACCCCAGUUGGACGUGCCUCCCAGGCCUGCUGUGGUUCUGACACACAGGAUCCCAGGCAAGGCACCACUUCCUCACAUGAAUGAGGAGCAGCAAGUCAUGACCACUCCCUUGGGUAUACAAUUUGCUGUGUAGUGAAGUGGAACCAGGCUCCAGGCUGCUGUUCCCCAACCUCAGAGCCCCACCGCAGCCCACUAGGGAUGCAGCAGGCCCCAGAGGGCUCAUGUGGGCCCCAGAUGGCAAUGCCACCAUUGUUGAUUUGACCCCAGAGCCAGUUAUUAGGAAGAACAAGCUCACCACAGAGGAGUGGAACUGAGGCCCCCCAGGUGUUGCCUCCGGUGUCCAAGCCACAGCAGUCUGGCUGUUGGGAAGAUGGCCAGGAAUGGACUCAUGUCAUUGGCACAUUAGGCUAAUCCUGGUUUUAUGUGAAGUCAGCAAUUAAGUGUUCCCACUAGAACUGGCCUAAGCCACUGAUUAAUAUUUAAUGAGGGAAGGUAGGGGAGAAUCUAGCCAUUUUGUAAUGCCAGAAAUCUAUAUAUGUUAUCUGAUGCCAUUUUUCUGAAGUAGCCUCACAUGUGGUCCCCCUGCAGUUCAGCAGUUAACAGAUGACUUUUUUAGUGUAAUAAAAUGUUUAUCAUCUAUGA